AUGUUCGGAUUCAGCAUUACCAAGCUGCUGGUUCUCGCCGGCGUCAUCCUGGUCGUCUGGUACGGUUUCAAGCUGGUCGGCCGCCUGGACUCGGCGCGCAAGGCGGAGGCCAAGCUGCGCCGCCAGCCGAAGGGCGGCCGCAAGACGCCGCGCGACGAGCCGGCCAAGCCGGCGCCCUCCGAGGACCCUGCCGCCUUGCAGGCCGAGGAGAUGACGCAGUGCCCCGCCUGCCGGGCCUAUGUGGCGGCCGGCAGCGCCAAGAACUGCGGCCGGGCCGACUGCCUGAUCCUCAAGCUCCAGGAUUACUGGGCGCGGCAGGGCUGCGUCAUCCUGCAGCCCUACGACCUGGAGGUCGGAGCCGGCACCUUUCAUCCCGCCACCACCCUGCGGGCGCUCGGCCCGGACCGGGUCUGGAACUGCGCCUACGUGCAGCCCUCGCGCCGCCCGACCGACGGGCGCUACGGCGACAACCCCAACCGGCUGCAGCACUAUUACCAGUACCAGGUGAUGAUGAAGCCGAGCCCGGCGAACAUUCAGGAGCUCUAUCUCGGCUCCCUGCGCGCCCUGGGGAUUGACCCGCUGGAGCACGACAUCCGCUUCGUCGAGGACGACUGGGAAAGCCCGACGCUGGGCGCCUGGGGUCUGGGGUGGGAGGUCUGGUGCAACGGCAUGGAGGUCAGCCAGUUCACCUACUUCCAGCAGGUCGGGGGUAUCGAUUGCCACCCCGUGCCGGCGGAGCUGACCUACGGGCUGGAGCGGCUGAUCAUGUAUGUGCAGGACGUGGACAACGUCUAUGACCUGGACUGGGACGGCGUGCCGGCAGAGCAAGGCGGCAAGUGCUACGGCGACGUCUUCCUGCAGGCGGAGCGGGAGUUCAGCGCCUUUAACUUCGAACUGGCCGACACGGACCGGCUGGUCCGCCACUUCGCCGACGCCGAAGCGGAGUGCGGCCGGCUGCUGGAGGCGCGCCUGGCCCUGCCCGCCUACGACCUCUGCAUGAAGGCAAGCCACCUCUUCAACCUCUUGGACGCGCGCGGCGUCAUCUCGGUCACCGAGCGGCAGGCCUACAUCGGCCGCGUGCGUGCUCUGGCCAAGGGCUGCUGCGAGACCUGGGUCGCCUCCUUCGCCGAGGAGAUCCCCGCCCGCAUGCAGGUGCAGGCGGCCGAGAACCUGCGCGCGCUGGUCUGCGACAAGCUGGGCGCAGCCGGCCUGACCUUCGACCAUGCCUUCGCCACCGCGACGCCGCGCCGUCUCGUGCUGGUGGUCGAGGGACUUCCCCUUAGGCAGCCGGACCGGACCGAGGAGCGCAAGGGCCCGAAACUCGGCGCGCCCGAGCCGGCGAUCGCGGGCUUCCUCAAGGCCAACGGCUUUGCCUCCGCCGAUGAGGCGGAGCUGCGCGAGACCCCCAAGGGCGAGUUCUUCUUCGCCGUGCGCCGGAUCCCGGGGCAGGCGACCGCCUCCGUUCUGCCCGACCUGCUGACGGAGGCCAUUCGUGCCUUCGGCUGGCCCACCUCGAUGCGCUGGGCGGAAACGGACUUCCGCUGGGUGCGCCCGCUGCACGCUGUGCUGGCGCUGUUCGACGGCGUGCGGCUGGAGGGGACGCUGGAUCUGGGCGACCGGACGCUGGCCUUCACCGACCGGACGCGCGGCCACCCCUUUCUGGCGCCCGAGGACAUCCGGGUCGAGGGCUGGAGCGACUACCGAGACCGCCUGGAGCGCGCACUCGUGCGCGUCGAGCGGAACGAGCGGCGCAAGGUGCUGGUCGAGCAGGCUUCGGCUCUCGCCCACGCCGCCGGGCUGGCGGUCAAGGAGGACACGCUGCUGGUCGAGGAGGUGACGGGACUCGUGGAGUGGCCCGAGCUGCUGAUGGGCAGCAUCGAGGCGCGCUUCAUGGAGCUGCCCGACGAGGUGCUCUCGACCUCCAUGCGCAGCCAUCAGAAGUACUUCUCCCUGGUGCAGCCGGACGGACGGCUGGCGCCCCGCUUCCUGCUGGCGGCCGACAUGACGGCGCCCGAGGGCUCGCGGCGGCGCAAGAACAUCGUUGAGGGCAACGAGCGGGUCCUGAGUGCCCGCCUGGCCGACGCCGAGUUCUUCUGGGAUCAGGACCGCAAGCAGAGCCUGCAGAGCCGGGUCACCGCGCUGCGCGCCAUCGUCUUCCACGCGCGGCUCGGGACGGUCGAGGACAAGGUCGACCGCAUCACAGCUCUGGCGGUCGAGAUCGCCAAGGCCGUGUCGGGCGCCGACCUGGACCGCGUUCGCUCUGCCGCGCGGCUCUGCAAGUCGGAUCUGGUCACCGGCAUGGUGGGGGAGUUUCCCGAGCUGCAGGGCGUCAUGGGCCGCUACUACGCCCUGGCCGACGGCGAGCAGCCCGAGGUGGCGCAAGCCAUUGCCGAGCACUAUGCGCCUCAGGGGCCGAACGACCUCUGCCCGACGGCGCCGGUCAGCCUCUGCGUCGCCCUGGCGGACAAGCUCGACAGCCUGGUCGGCAUGUUCGCCAUCGACGAGAAGCCGACCGGCAGCAAGGACCCCUUUGCGCUGCGCCGGGCCGCCUUGGGCGUGAUCCGUCUGAUCGUCGAGAACGAACUGCGGCUGCCGCUGGCGGCGCUGUUCCGCUCCGGCCAUGCCGGCGUCUCCCAGCUUCCCUCGGCAUCCGGCGUGCGUUCAGAGGCCGAUCGCGUUGUCGCUGACCUGCUGGCCUUCUUCGCCGACCGGCUGAAGGUGGCGCUGCGCGAGCAGGGCGUGCGGCACGAUCUGAUCCAGGCGAUCUUCAGCCUUGGCGGCGAGGACGACCUGGUGCGUCUGCUGCGGCGGGUCGAGGCGCUGGAGGACUUUCUCAAGACCGACGACGGCGCCAACCUGUUGGUCGCCUAUCGCCGCGCCGCCAACAUCGUCCGCAUCGAGGCCAAGAAGGACGGCGCCGAAAUUGCCGGAGCCGUGGAACCCGGCGUGCUCGAACAGCGCGAGGAGCAGGCGCUGUUCCAGGCUCUGGAACUGGCGGGCGACAGGGCCGCGGCGGCGUUGGAUCGCGAAGACUUCACGGCGGCGAUGGCGGCGCUGGCCGAGCUGCGCCAGCCGGUCGACGCCUUCUUCGAUGCGGUCACCGUCAAUGCCGAGGAGGCGCGCCUGCGCGCGAACCGUCUGCGUCUGCUGGCGCGGAUCGGUGCGACCUUGGGCCAGGUGGCCGAUUUCUCGGCGGAUGGUGGCGAGGGGUUCGCAGAGGCCUGCCGGCGCGAUGCCGGCGCGGCCUGGAAUGCGGCCUGCGGCCAUCCCUUCACGCUGGCCCUGGGCGACGGAACGCUGCCGCAGGCGGCCAUGGCAGACUACCUGGUUCAGGACUAUGCCUUCGUCGGCACCCUGGUCUCGAUGGUGGGUUUCGCGGUCGGUCGGGCGCCGGACAUCGGCGCGCAGGCGCGGCUCUCCACCUUUCUGGCGGCAGUGACCUCGGAGGAGAACACCUAUUUCCAGCGCAGCUUCGAGGCGCUGCAGGUGCCCGAGGCGGACCGCAGCGGUCCCGCCCUGCGCGAGGUCACGCGGCAGCUGAUCGCCGCGAUGGAGGACGCCGGCACAGGGGGCAGCUAUGGCGAGAUCCUGGCGACGCUUCUGCCCGCCGAGUGGAUCUACCUGAGCUGGGCCGAGGCACAGGCGGCCAAGGCGCCCGGCGCCUUUUACUUCCAGGAAUGGAUCGACCUGCACGUCAACGCGGAUUUUCGCGCCUUCGUCCUUUGGCUGAAGGUCGAGACGGAUCGGGCCGCCGCGGCGGCGGGUGCGGAGGAACGGCAGGCCAUGGCGGAGCGUUUCGCCCGGAUGGUCCGGACAGAGCGGUCUCUCGAUAGGGGCGGUCUCUCGAAUGAGGGGACCGCGCAGACGAUACGGAGCGAUGGCAUGAGCAAGUGGGUCUACAGCUUUGGCGGCGGCAGCUCGGACGGCCGCGCUGAGAUGCGCAACCUGCUGGGGGGCAAGGGCGCGAACCUGGCGGAGAUGGCCUCCAUCGGCCUGCCGGUUCCGCCGGGGUUCACCAUCACGACGGAGGUCUGCACCCACUACACCCAGGACGGCGGCUAUCCCGAAACGCUGGAUGCCCAAGUCGGCGAGGCGCUGGCCGCGAUCGAGCAGGGUCUGGGCAUGAGCUUCGGCGCGGUGGAGAACCCGCUGCUGGUAUCGGUGCGCUCCGGCGCCCGCGUCUCCAUGCCUGGCAUGAUGGACACGGUGCUCAACCUCGGCCUGAACGACGAGACGGUCGAGGGGCUGGCCCGCAAGAGCGGCGAUCCGCGCUUCGCCUACGACAGCUACCGCCGCUUCAUCCAGAUGUUCGGCGACGUGGUGCUGGGCGUCGACCACGGCCACUUCGAGGAGAUCCUCGAGCUGGCCAAGGAGGACAAGGGCGUCGACUUGGACACCGACCUGACGGCCGACGACUGGAAGGCGGUGAUCGAGCAGUACAAGGCACGGGUGGAGGAGGAGACCGGCGAGCCCUUUCCCCAAAGCCCGCAGGACCAACUCUGGAAGGCGGUCUCCGCCGUCUUCGGCUCCUGGACCAAUCAGCGCGCCCGGACCUAUCGCCGUCUGCACAAUAUUCCCGAGGAGUGGGGCACGGCGGUCAACGUGCAGGCCAUGGUCUUCGGCAACAUGGGCCAGGACUGCGCCACCGGCGUCGCCUUCACCCGCGAUCCCUCGACCGGCGAGAACGAUUUCUACGGGGAGUAUCUGGUCAACGCCCAGGGCGAGGACGUGGUCGCCGGCAUCCGCACGCCGCAGAACCUGACGGUCCAGGGCAAGCAGAAGAACGGCAGCGACCUGCCGGCCAUGGAAGAGGUGAUGCCCGAGGUCUUCCAGCAGCUCUGCGAGGUGCGCGGCCGGCUGGAGGCGCACUACAAGGAGAUGCAGGACAUCGAGUUCACG